UAAGUCCUUUUUUUUUCUUUUAAUGAUCAACAUAUAUAAUUUCUGUCUAUUUAAUAGGAAUUUCAUCUAAGAAUUUGCUGAAAAUGCAUUUCUUGGGAACAUGAAAACAUCAGUUAAACAUAGCUAUCAUCUGUGAUUCUUUGAGAAUUUGCUGAAAUGAAACAUGGAACUCAUGCAUCUAAUGGACAGGCUUAGGCCUGUUAUGGGCUUAAAAAGCUGGGAUUACUGUGUUUUAUGGAAGUUGAGUGAAGAUCAAAGGUUUCUUGAAUGGAUUUGUUGCUGCUGUGGUGGAGCUGACAAAAAUAUGCAUAGCUGUGAGCAAGAGCUGUUUUUCCCUGAUUCUUCCACUUCAACUUGUAGAGAUGUUAUGUUUCAGCAUCCAAGAACAAUUGCUUGUGAUUUACUGGCUCAGCUGCCGCCUUCUCUGGCGCUAGACUGCGGAACUUAUGCAAUGGCCUUAUUAUCUAAUCAAGCAAAAUGGAUGAACUUCGUACCUUUCUCGAUAUCAAAUAUGACUAAUGAAAUAAUGGGAACCAGAGCUUUGGUUCCAUCUCCUCUUGGAUUGCUCGAGUUGUUCAGUACUCAACAACUUCCAGAAGAUGAGGAAGUCAUAGAAUUCGUCUCAGCUCAAUGCAAUAUCUAUGUGGAGCAGCAAGCUAUGACGAAUUCAAGUUUCUCAGAUGGGGUUGAAGAGAGCACAUCAAAGCCUUUCCCAUUAGAAGGAGAUGACCAUAUAAAAGUUUCCCAAAAUCAUUACCAGCAGACAGUCUCCCCUGCCGCUACAUCAAGAGGCCAUUCAGAUAAUUUGUCGUAUGAUUUCCCACUUAAACGAAAACAUUUGGAUACUUCUUCGAUGAACUUCCUUCCGCAGUUAAGUACUUACAGCACACCAGAAGUCUACAACAAAACAGGAGGGAACAUGUUGUUUGAUCAGAGAACAAGUGAUGUGACACAUUUCUCUGAGAAUAGGUACAUGAGUGAGAUGGAUGCUUAUUUACAGAAGCAAAUGAUGAGAAGUAGUAGUACUCAAUCCGCAAUUGAUGAUGAAUCUGUCAAACAUGAUAAUGGAAGAUCCAAUUCAGGAUCUGAUAGUGAUCAAAAUGAGGAAGAAGAUGAUCCUAAGUAUAGACGGAGAAAUGGAAAGGGUCCUCAAUCCAAGAACCUUAUGGCGGAAAGAAAAAGGAGGAAGAAACUAAAUGAAAGGCUUUAUGCUCUUAGAGCUUUGGUUCCCAAAAUUUCCAAGUUGGAUAGAGCUUCUAUCCUUGGAGAUGCUAUUGAAUAUGUGAUGGAAUUGGAAAAGCAAGUGAAAGAUCUGCAGCUUGAGCUUGAAGAACAUUCAGAUGACGAGGGUAGAAGGAAUCAGGACCAGAUCCACCCUGACGUUUUAAGCCAUAAUGGAACUAAAAACGGGCCUAAAUCAGAAAAUGGGAAACGUUCAAAUGGAAAAGGCCAUAGAGAAUUAUCAACUAAUUCCAAUGGCAGCACUGACCCUUUCCGGAAAAUUCAAGAGGUAGAAGAGAAUGACAAAUUGCAGCAAAUGGAGCCACAAGUGGAAGUUGCACAAUUAGAGGGGAAUGAGUUCUUUGUGAAGGUGUUUCGUGAGCACAAGACUGGUGGAUUUGUGAGGAUCUUGGAGGCUUUGAACUCCUUGGGCUUGGAGGUUACCAAUGUCAAUGCAACUAGGCAUACUUGUUUGGUAUCAAAUAUCUUCAAAGUAGAAAAAAGGGACAAUGAAAUUGUUCAAGCUGAUCAUGUGAGGGACACCUUGCUAGAGCUGACAAGAAACCCUAGUAGAGGUUGGUCUGAAAUGGCUAGAGCAUCAUCAGAUAAUAAUGCAAAUGGCUGUACAGAGUAUCUCCACAAUCAGCAUCACCAUCAUGAUCAUCACCUAGACAAUAAUCACCACAAGCAAGCCAAUUCACAUCGCUAUCAACGACACCACCAUCAUUAACAUGUUUUAUUUUAUCUAGCACUAGUAAUAGUAAAUAAUUUAUCUAAGCAAUCCUUGUUUAGAUUGAGUAGUUUGCAGAAUAACGAUAGCUGAAAUGUAAUCGAUUAAUCUCUAUGUAUAAUGGGAUAGUAUUAAAUAAAGAGUAUGUUAUUAUUUUA